AUGCCUCAGGACCUUCCGCCCACGGGCGGCUACGAAGCCGUUCAAUACAGACGUAACAUCCCCACGCGCGGUCUCAAACCCGUCUGGUACCUCGUCGGCGUCGGGGCUGUGAUGGCCUACGGCUGGCGCCAGGUGUUUGUCGGACAGCGCGAGAAACACGAAAUGGCCCGCGAGAAGAUGUGGAGUCGGAUACACCUGACGCCGUUGCUGCAGGCCGAGGAGGACCGCGACCAGGUCAGGAGAUACUAUGCGGAUUUGGCCAGGGAGAAGGAGCUGCUCGGCAGCCAGAGCGGGGCUUAUAACAGUGACCGGUACGCUUUCGUCAUUUUCCCGUGCUUUGCUUUUGAUGCGUUGUGGUCCUUCGGUUGGGAGUUGGACUGGAUCGGGUUAUUCCGCAAGAGACGGAGAUUCAACGACAUCAGAGGAAGUCUCCGAGGCCAGGAGGGAGAAAGAGAGCGCGAAGGCCACGAGGAAACACAACAGGUCCCAAACAGGUCGGGAAGAGGAUAUGCUGACAUUCCUUGCUUCCAACCACAGAUUCGUGAGACCGACGUUUACAGCCACACCCAACAGAACGGUGGAAUGAGGCGGCAGAUAUUAUAUUGGCGGCGUCACGAGCCUUGCUCCCCGAUCACGCGAUGGUUAAUCGUCACCCUCGAGCAACAAGCAGCGAGCAACAUAAAUCCACAUCCCACAUUCCCAAAGAUCCAAAAGUCAACGAGGCGCGAAAGCGAAAGCGAGAGCCCUACAAAGGGAUGGGAUCAGGACACGCGUGUGUGGGAUAUCUCGACCAACCCCCGACAUGUACAUACAUAG